UCAUACCCUGAGCAGCACACAGAGCUGGAUAAACGUCUCCAUCAGCCCGCAGCACACAGACUCAUUUCUCCUCACACCAGCUCUGAGUGGAUGCUCAGCAGGGGUGUGUGAGAUAUUAGCACGCUGUGGGGGGGGGGGUUGGAAACUCCUCAGGGACUUCUACCACAUCCACACACCAAGGAAGAAGAGACAGGAAAAUGGAUAGAGUCAGACCAGUGAAAGAGAGAGAGUGAGGAACAACAUGGAGCCACAGUUUGGAUUCGAACCCAGUCCUCCUGCUCUCAAGGGAUAAGCCUCUACACAUGGGGCGCACGUUCUAACCACUAGCCGCCGGCGCCGCUGAUUGUUUGUUUUAGGGGCUUUAGGAAAGACAACGAGCUGAUAUUAUCCUUAACAGCAUAUGAAAUGUGAAAAAUGAGUGUAAAAUCAGAAAAAAAGGCAACAUCUUUUAGCCGGCAGACAGGAGGAAUAUGGGCAAAUCCGAAAGCCAAAUGGAUAUCAUGGAGAAAUCGAGUAAACCUGGGAAGCGUCGUUGGACUGUUGCAGAGAUCGGGCUGUCUGUGCUGCUGCUGUUGGUCAGCUGUGCCUUGGCCGGGCUAGUGGUCCUCUACACGUCAGUGGUGAAAGAACAAGCCACCAGGACGAGUGUGUCACAGAGCUCAACAAGUGAAGGCCAGUUUUUUCGCUCGAGUCCAAGCGAAGUGUGCACGACUGCAGACUGCGUCACUGCAGCUGCUCGACUCCUGCAGAACAUGGACCAGUCUGCAGAGCCCUGUGAUAACUUCUACCAGUACGCCUGCGGGGGUUGGCUGGAACGACAUGUCAUCCCAGAGACGAGCUCCCGUCACAGCGUCUUUGACAUUCUGAGGGACAAACUGGAGAUUGUCCUCAAAGGUGUUCUUGAGACAGAGAGUCAACAGGACAGAGACGCCAUAAAGAAGGCCAAAAUCCUGUACAGCUCCUGCAUGAAUGAAAGCCUCAUAGAGCAGCGUGACUCGCAGCCCCUCCUCAAGCUCAUCAACAGUAUCGGGGACUGGCCCGUGGCGUCAGAUGACUGGAACACCACCACAGAGGAAGCAUGGAGCCUGGAGGACACACUGGCGACUCUCACCGGCCGUUUCUACAAGAAGGUUCUGCUGGACAUGUACGUGUGGACGGACGAUCGUGACUCCCGGCGUCAUAUCAUUUAUAUUGACCAGCCAGGACUCGGAAUGCCAUCAAGAGAUUAUUACUUCAAUGAUGGAAAUUACAAGAAGGUUCGAGAGGCCUACCUUCAUUUCAUGGUUUCCAUCGCAAAGAUAACCCGAGAGGACAAGAACUUGACUCAGGAAGACGACCGUGUGUGGGAGGAAAUGAUGCAAGUGCUGGAGCUGGAGACAGACAUCGCCAAUGCCACAUCACCGGCAGAGGAGCGCCAAGAUGUCACCGUCCUCUACAAUAAGAUGACGCUGGGAGAGCUGCAGAGCACUUAUAGCUUUAAUGGUUUUAACUGGACACGAUUUAUUCAAGGAGUGCUUUCAAGUGUGUCCAUUGCGGUGCAGCCGGAGGAGGAGGUGGUGGUUUACAGCUCUCCCUACCUUGAGAAGAUGAAUGACGUUCUCUCCAAACACAGUGUCAGAACUAUGCAGAACUACCUCACCUGGCAGCUCAUCUUCGACAGAGUUAAUAGCCUGAGCCGUCGUUUCAAAGAUGCCAGAGCGCGUUACAGGAAGACUCUCUAUGGGACCACUGUGGAGGAUGCUUGGUGGAGGGAAUGUGUCCGUUAUGUUCAGAGCAGCAUGGAGAACGCUGUUGGAGCGCUAUAUGUGCGAGAGACCUUUGCAGGAGAGGGCAAACAAAUGGUCAGUGACCUUAUCAGAAAGAUCCAGCAGGCGUAUGUGGAAACACUUGAGGAGUUAAACUGGAUGGAUACUCCCUCCAAAGAGAAGGCAAGAGAGAAGGCCAUGGCAAUCAAGGAGCACAUUGGCUAUCCAGAUCACAUUCUGCAGGAAAGCAACCAGAAGCUCGACAAAGAAUACGCUCAUCUUAAUUAUAGUGACGAACAUUAUUUCGAGAACAUCCUGGAGAACCUCAGGUCAGAAGCACAGAAGAGCCUGAAGAAGCUCAGAGAGCCGGUUGACCCUGACCUGUGGAUCAUUGGUGCUGCUGUAGUGAAUGCAUUCUACUCCCCCAACAGAAACCAGAUUGUGUUUCCAGCAGGAAUCCUGCAGCCACCUUUCUUUAGUAAACAACAGCAUCAGGCCCUCAACUUUGGUGGGAUAGGAAUGGUCAUCGGCCAUGAGAUCACACAUGGAUUUGAUGAUAAUGGGCGGAAUUUUGACAAGGACGGUAAUAUGCUAAACUGGUGGAGUAAUUAUUCUGCAGAGCAUUUUAAAGAGCAGUCACAGUGCAUGGUGCAACAAUACGGCAACUUCAACUGGAAGUUAGCAGGUGGACAGAAUGUCAGCGGUAUCAGCACUUUAGGGGAGAACAUUGCAGACAAUGGAGGGGUCCGUCAAGCAUACAAGGCGUAUCUAAAGUGGGUAGAGAUGCAGGGGGAAGAGCCUUGUCUGCCUGGUCUCGACAUGGACCACAAGCAACUUUUCUUUCUUAACUUUGCCCAAGUGUGGUGUGGUGCUUAUCGGCCUGAGUAUGCCAGCCAGUCAAUCAAGACUGACUCACACAGUCCUUUAGAAUACAGGGUGCUUGGAUCUCUCCAGAAUUUUGAAGCGUUCUCAGAAGCUUUUCAGUGCCAAAAGGGGAGUACUAUGAACCCCGAGCAGAAGUGCCGUGUCUGGUAGAUCGUUUUAAAUCCACAGAUAUUUAUUUAUUGAGGACAACUCAAAUCAAAAGAACAUGUUGUAGUUGGAGACAUUGUUCCUAUUCCAACAUAUUUGGAUAUUGGAUGUUGUGCAUUUCAAAUGGAUGACAUCCUGGCCAUCCUUGUUUAAAAACUAACAGCAUGUUUAACCACGAAAGGAAACUUGCUUGGGCAUCUUCUCAAGUUUAAAGUGUUGUCUCUGGACGAGUAGGUCACCUGUCCUUUGCUGUCACACUUAAUGAGGAGUUGGUAAAUAAAAAGUCUUCAAAAAAAAAACUGAGCUCACAGGGACGGCCUUAAUGCUUUGCCAGCCUUCCUUAAAUGAAUCUUUUGUGCCGAUCUUUGUGAUUUAUACUUAAAAAUUUGGCCUCUCUCUGACUUAACGUUUUUAAGACGUUGUGCCAAUUCAGAAGAAACAAGGGUCAAAAAUAAAACUUUGACUAGAGAGAAUAAAAUAAACGAAAGCCGUGGGCUUUGCUGAAGUAAUGAUUCAAUAGAAUUAGUCACACUCUGAGAGUUCUGUUCAUUCACUCUUAUAUGAAACACAUUAUCUUAAGACUUUAAGACUGUUAAAUCUUUGCAGCUUUAACCUUAAAUUAGCAUUCUGCUAAAGCUGCUGCUUUCGACAUUUCUUCACUGACAAAGUGGAUAAAGAUGUAAUAUUUAUGAAGAUACUGAGUUCUUUAUCGAGCAUUACUUUUUUUCUAAUUGUCUUUAUCAGGUUCUGCAAAUGGUUGUUGCUGAAUACUCACUGCAGAAAUGUUUAUGUAUGCCAUGACUGUUUGCUGUAAAAAAAAAAAAUAAUAAUAAUUUUCCAGAUGUUUCGAACAUUAUUGGUGUGUCUGCUGCUUCGUAGCUUGUGUCAAAAAUACCUAAGGGUGACGUGAUAAUGAUGGAAAAGUUUCACUUUAAAUAGGUACAACCCGGUUUAGGUACAGAGUUUACACUCAGAUACUCAUAAUGGUUGUGUUGUGUAGUCAGACCAUUA